AUGGAGGCAUACAUACAGGCGGUAGAGCAGAUGAAGCGGCUGAAGCAAGAGGUCAAGCGUUUCGAGACGCUGGAGCAAGAUCUCAAGCAAGAGCUGUUCAGGGAGCGCCUGGCUCGAGAAGAGCUGGUACGGACAAAUCAUGCAGUACAGGCGCGCAUGUACGAGAACAUGCAACUCCUGAAGCUGUCCAUCGACGACAAGGUCGAGGCUGUGGUGGAUAGGACAACGGAACUCAGCGAUCAGAUCAAGGUGCAGGGUGAGCGGUUGACCAUGGUGGACGAGUUCAGCAUGGAACUGGAGAACCGAGUCGAUCGAGUGGAACAAUUUAGUGGCAUGUCGCCAGACGUGACACCCGCUGCCUCGACGCCAAAAACCCAUGGGUCAACACCAAAGGCUUCUCCCGCUCCGCCAAUGCCGUUAUUGAUGCAGUCACAUCAUACCCUUGGCCAACUCCCGAUUCGGACUGAUAAGAAAUACCCCUUAUCGUGGAGUGUUCGUGUCGUUUUCAUUCCGCGCAAGUCGCAGAGGUUCGCGUAUGAUCCUGACAGCAACGGCUACCGACGAUGUGCCUCGCGCAAGCUACUACAAAACCUCGAGUUUCAUAGCCAGGACAGCUCCUGCUUUGCGAACGGCAUUGAGACAGCCUUCAAGGGUGUUUUCCGCGGCAGACCAUGGAUGCCAAUGACUGGCCAUCGCCCAGCUGACGAACCCUUCGGUCGCAUGGCGCUAACACUUCUACCCCCUGAUCUCGUCCAUCGCGGCGUGUGGGACUAUCCUUUUCUGGAGGAUCACUGCAUCGCGCACGACAAAAUGCAGGGAGAUAUCCUAUACAUUACUCUACAGUAUGAAGACGUUACCUGGAACGAGAUUCGAUUUUUGCCUCCUGUGACCGGCGUGGACGAGACUUGCUGGGAGCACGAUGAGGAGCUCGACGGUACUGCCAAAUACAAGAGCUUGGACUCAGAGAUCAUGGCGCCCUCGGGACUGGACGUCCUUGCCAACUCCGCUGCUAUGUUGAGUCCGAUCGAGCGCGCUCAAACAGCAGCGUCUGUUCAUUCUUCUAGACUGAGCCCUCUGAGUCCCUUGCAGCGUGCGCCAACCCAGUCGUCGAGCCAUUCCAGCCAUCCGCGCUUCUCAUCCGAGCGCAGUAGCCUCCGCAGCUUUGACACGGAAACAACAGACGAUGAGCAUCGCGAUAAGAAACCCAAGCUGCGAUCGAAGCAGAGCAUGCCCAACGUGAACGGCAAUGGUUCUGCACAGCAGCCAAUGUACGUCUCAGGCCGCUCCAAGCGUAAGAUGCCGGUCAGGGAGAAGGGUCCCAAGGAGCCCCUACACUUCAAUGUCGCUGGUGUUGCCAAGGGCGGGCUCAACUUCCUACACCCUCGUUCUUCCAAAGGAAAAGAAGCAGCCCAUAACACAUGA